ACAUCCACCAUGGUGUGGUGUUCCUGCUUCCUAUCAGAAGAAGAGAAAACCGCCAUCGCCAUCGAUAAAGAGAUCAACCGGCUUCUUCAAGAGCAAAAGAAGCGUGAGCGAUGGGAGCUGAAGUUACUUUUGUUGGGCACCGGAGAGAGUGGGAAAAGCACCUUCAUCAAGCAGAUGCGGAUAAUCCACGGCGUGGGCUUUUCGGAAGAGGACCGAAAAGGUUUUGCCAAGGUCGUCUAUCAGAACAUCUUCUCGUCCGUCCAGGCUAUGAUCCAGGCUAUGGAGACCCUCCAGAUCUCUUACGCUCAGUCGGAGAAUGUGCGCAACGCUCAGCUGCUCAUGGAGGUGGAUGCCUACAAAGUGACCACUCUGGGGGCGCACCACGCAAGGAUGCUCGAAAGCCUGUGGAGGGACUCCGGGAUCCGAACCUGCUACCAGAGGCGUAGGGAAUACCACUUGCUGGAUUCUACUUUUUAUUUCCUGUCCAAUCUGGACCGGAUUGCAGCAGCAGGGUAUGUUCCCAGCGCUCAGGACAUUCUGCGGACCCGCGUGCCAACUACUGGUAUUAAUGAGUACUGCUUUUUGGUGCAAAAGGUAACAUUACGGAUAGUGGAUGUUGGUGGGCAGAAGUCGGAGCGCCGGAAGUGGAUCCACUGUUUCGAAAAUGUGAUGGCCUUGAUCUACCUGGCAUCCCUGAGCGAAUACGACCAGUGUCUGGAGGAGAAUGCCCGUGAGAACCGAAUGAGAGAGAGCCUCGACCUCUUCCGGACGAUCCUGGAGCUCCCUUGGUUCCAGGGCACCUCCAUCAUCCUCUUCCUCAACAAAGUGGACAUCUUGGAGGAGAAGAUCACAAGCUCUGAUCUGGCCAAUUAUUUCCCCAGUUUCCCAGGCCCUAAGCAAGAUGCUCAUGCAGCCAAGGAGUUCAUCCAAGGAAUGUACAUGGAUGCCUACCUACGUUUCUCGACCCCUGACCCCAGCUCCGGUGUGCCGCUUUCCAAAGGCGUCAGCCGGCCCAGGAUCCUGUACCCUCACUAUACCUGCGCCACAGACACCCAGAACAUCUGCACGGUUUUUGAGGACAUCCAGGACGUGGUCUUGGCUACCUACCUGGAUGAAUUCAACUUGUCCUAA